AGGAGAAGGGGAGGAGCCAGUAAGAGGUUGUGAGUCCGUUCGCUCCUCAAUUAAAAUACUCCUUCCUGACCUCGUUGGCUUCUCCGUCCUCCGGGCGGGCUUCCUUCUUCUCCAGACUCCACUUGAAUUCUAGGCGCUGAGGCACAACUCUACAGCCCUGCCCUGCAGGAGGCCCCUCUCCCCGGGAAGGCACAGAAACUAUUACAGGGAUACGUGCACUUUGGUUACAUAAACUGCCUUUGCACCUCCUGAGUCAGAGCUACAAGCGUGCCUAUCUCCUAAACAGCACCUGUUAACUGUGAGUUUACCUAUAUCCUCUUACCUCCGGCCACCUGCGCAACACUGGAUGAAUGUUACUUCCAUAUGUGCACCUAAGGUUUGAUUAGUACCAAUUUAAUGAUUGACGUGUUAUAAGAUUAUUGAAUUUCUGGAGUCUCGCAGCCCUGUAAGAACAAAAGUUAUUCUUUAGGAAGAAAACAGAAUCCAGCCUUGACAACAUCCACAAUGUCUAUUGUACAGUCAAAACUUGUUAGCCUUGCAGAGGAACAGGAAAAUACCACCUAUAUGGAAAGAAAGGAGAAACUGAUAGAAACUGAUAAGGAGAUAGCUCCAAUAUUGGAUUUAAAAUACAAAGACAUAUCAGCAGUUAUUAUGAAAAAGUUUAAGGUCUUGACAGAAAUCCAGGACCUAAUGUUUGAUGAGAUGAGGGAAACUCUUAAAAAUGACCUCAAAGAAAUGUUAGGAGUAAAAAAUACAAUACCUAUAAUAAAAAAGUCCAAGAACUCCAGUAGCAGGAGGAAACAGUGGCAACAAAUAAAAGAUUUAACCUCGGAAAAAACAGGGCUGGUAGAGAAAAUAGGAGAAUACUCUAAAAUAGUUGAGGAUAUUGAAAGUUUAACUUGUGAAAGAAAAGUAAAUGAGCUGAGUAGCAAAUUAGACAAAGCUAAAGAAUCCAGUAGUAAUGAAGGUAAGAAAUUAUCCCAGAAUGAAUCACUAAAUUACAGAAUCAUGGAAAGUAUAGAAGAAACCUUAAGCAAUAUAGAUGACAGACACAGAAAUUACAAUAUCCAUAUAGAAGUUAGAGAAGGAGAGACUAGAAAAAAUGGAGAGGAUGAACUAGUCAAAGAAUUGGGAGAGGAAAAAAAACAUCCGAACUUCAGUAAGAAAGAGGAAAUUCUAAAAGCCUCUAGAGAAGAAGAACGGUUAAUGGAUGAAGGAGCAACACUCACCCUGGCGGCAGACUUUUCGUCAGCAACACUAGAUAUUAGUAAGCAAUGGAGUAAUAUCUUCAAUAUUCUGAGAGAAAAUGAGUAUGAGCCUAAAUUUCUAUGCCAAGUUAAGUUAGCAUUUAAAUGUGAUGGCGAAAUAAAGGAAUUUUCAGACCUGCAAAGCCUCAGGAAGUUUAUUAGCCAAAAAUCUUAUAUGAAAGAAUUACUGGAAGAUGUACUCCCACAAAAUGAAAAAAUAAAUCAAGGAGGAAGAAGAUAUGGGAUUCAAGAAAAAAUGGGUAAAACUCUAAUUGACUCAAAGCAUGGAGCUGGAGGAACAACCAGUGAUGGCUUGAGCUUUCUAUUUAGUAAAGAGGUAAAAGUUGCUAAGCCAGAGGAGGUGAAGAACUUGGAGAUUCUGGAGGAGUCUUCACAGUGGAACGAAAAAGAAACUUCCACGUUGGAGGAGGAAGAGGCUUCAGAGGUAGAGGAGGAUGAAGAGGCCUCAGGGAUGGAGGAGGAGGAUGAAGAGGCCUCAGGGAUGGAGGAGGAGGAGGAAGAGUCCUCAGGGUUGGAGGAUGAGGGGGAAGAGAGCUCAGUGUUAUAUGAGGAACAGUACUCAACCUUUCAGGGUUGUACUGCAGUAGAUACAAAGCAUGGAGUUGAGGAAAUAAACAGUGAUGGUUUGGAGGUUAUUUUGAUUGACAUGGUAGAGGAUUCUGAGCUAGAGGAGGAAGAAGAGGAAGGAAAGGACUCUGAGAUAGGAAGGGUAAGGACUACCUUCCAGACUGAGAAAAAAAAGGCCUCAGGAGGACUUAAAGAAAUUUCCUCUAGUUACUUGGUUUUGGACUCGGAAAGGAAAAAGUCGGCGAAACAUAAGGUGGUUGACAAAACCCAGGAUGAAGAGGAAACAGCUGUACCCAGAAGUCAAGAAGUUGAGACACCCUGUCUGAACUUAUGCUUGGCCUCUCCCUCGAAAUCACUAGAAAUAAGUUAUGACAAGUAUGAAAAAUAUCCAUGUACAAAUUUGGGUACUUCAUCUGGAGUCACUAAAAUUUUUAGGGAAACAGAGAAAGAGAGACAUAAAAUUCUGCAAACAGAAGAGCUAACACCCAAAGAAGCAGAGUUAUUACAAGAAACAGAAGAAAACUUUAGAAGAAGUGUGAUUAAUAGCAUGAGGGAGAUACAAAAAGAGAUUGGAAAUAUUAAAAACCACCAUCCAGAAGUCUUAGAAAUUAAAAAUUCAGUAGAUGAUCUGAGUAGCACGAUGGACAUACUUGAGGAAAGAAUGAACAAUCUAGAAGAUCAAGUUGAGGAAUUCUCUAAAGAUACACUACAAAUGACCAAACAGAUGAUAAAUAAAGAAAGGUUAAGAGAUAUGGAGGAUAGAUUCAGAAGCUCCAACAUUCGUUUGAUAGGAAUUCCAGAAAAGGCUAAUUAUGAGAAUGGAGCAGAAGACAUAAUUAAGGAAAUAAUUGAUGAAAACUUUCCAGAGUUAAAGAAAGAUUUGCCUCUUGAGAUUGUCAGUGCUUACCGAAUACCCAGCAAGAUUGAUAAAAGGAGACUCACUCCUAGACACAUCUUGGUAAAAUUUUGGAGUUUUAACGACAAAGAGAAAGUCCUAAGGGCUUCCAGAGAGAGAAAAGAAACAACCUACCGAGGAACAAGAAUCAGAUUGACAGCCGACUUGUCACUGGACACCCUGGAUGCGAGAAGUAAGUGGAGUGCUGUCAUAAAGGUUCUGCAGGAUAAAGGCUUUAAACCUAGAAUUCUAUAUCCAGCCAAAUUGGCAUUUGAUUUUCAGGGCAAAACAAAGAUAUUUGUUGAUAUUGAAGAAUUUAGAAAGUCUAUUUCUUGUAUUCCUUCUUUGAAAGAAUUACUAGAGGACAUACUUUAGCAAUCUAGGGUGACGACAAACACAUAUACAUAAUAUGCUUUUCUCCUGCUGACAACACUAAAAAUCAACAUGUAAAACCAGAAAAUGAAACAGUACACCUCCUUGCAGAAGGAUGGAUAGCUAUCAACGUACUUGGGAUAAGGGAAAAGGAAGGUUGCAUAUACUACUUAGAUAUUGGUAAAAUUUUUUUAAAGUAGGCUGCUCUGGAGGUAGUGAGUUAUUUCAGUUGAUUGUUCAUGGUUAGAAAUCAAACUCCUUUUUCUAUUCUUGCCCCUAUUUUCUCACUACUAGAGUAGUCUUAAAAAAAAUUGUAAAUAACAGUAACCAUCCUAUCUGGUAUAAGAGUGAACUUUCUAUGCCACCGGGGGGGAGGGGCAAUCUGUCAAUGUAGAGAAGCAAUGGAAAAGCAUGAGGGAUGAGAUGGCAAGAUCAGUUAAAACAGAAAAAAUCUAAAAGCGAAACUCAUCAAGAAAAGGAUAUUUCAUAAA